GAAAGUGCAGGAGUGGGGGGAGGCUGAAGGUGGCUUGCGGUCGGUUGCGCCACCCGCCCACUCUUCCCUGGAGCUCCACAACAAAGGUCACCACGCUAUGGACACCGCCAGGGACUAUGCCGGAACCCUGAUAAGGCCCUUGACUUUUGUGGGAUCACAAACCAAACGAGUCCUGUUAACUCCCCUCAUGCAUUCAUCUAGGCCUUUCCGGGUCUCAAAUCAUGACCGAAGCAGCCGGCGUGGGGUCACGGCCAACACACUGAAGGAACUCAUUAGCAAGACCCUGGAUGCCCUGGCAAUUACUACUGGGCUGGUUACUUUAGUGUUGGAAGAAGAUGGCACAGUUGUGGAUACUGAAGAAUUCUUUCAGACCCUAGGAGAUAAUACACAUUUUAUGAUCUUGGAAAAAGGACAGAAGUGGACGCUGGGUCCUAAAUAUGUUACUCAGAAGCAAAAAAAGUCUGGAAUAGCAAGAGUCACUUUUGACUUGUACAAGAUGAAUCCCAAAGACUUCCUUGGAUGCUUAAACGUGAAAGCAACCAUGUAUGAGAUGUAUUCUGUGUCCUAUGACAUCAAAUGUACAUCUGCCAAAGCUGUGCUGAGGCACUUCUUGCGGUUUAUGUCCUAUGCUGCCCAAGUCACCGGACAAUUUCUCAUCUACACUGGAAAUUACGUGUUACGUGUGCUUAAUGAAACUGAUGAUUCCACUCCUCCUCUGAAACCAAGAACCAAGGGAUGGCUCCUAUAGGGGUACAGUGCCUUGCAUUAAAGGGAUUGUAGCUGGCUCCUUUAGUUCCUUCCCAAAGUUAACUUUUAAAUGACUGGUUUCAGGGAUGCUACUUUAUAUUCUUAGACACAUCAUUUGCAGAUAGUUGGCCACUACUACUCAAUACUAAUGAUGCAAGUAAAAGUUAAUUGUGGCCAGCUUUUUGUUUCCUAGGAAAUUCCUUUAUGCUAAUGAGCCUGGAAGAAAGAGUAUACAUAAUAGGCCUCAAGGGCCAAAACGGAAAGAGGUAUACUCUGUGGAAUGCUCAGUCGGGCUCAAUAAAUACACUACUCAAUAAAUAUGCUUUGGUGGCUUACUCAACACAGUAGGCAAGGCCCUCAUAUAUCCAUGUGUGUCUCUGAAAGCUAGCUUUCACAUGCAAUCACAUCUCUAGCAAGCAAAUGUAGGAAAAGUACUUUUGGGUCUUCAGUCCAGAUAGAUCACUGAUGCCACAAAAGAAAUAAAGAACUGGCAAAUAGUA